AUGGUGUACAUCAAGUCGUGGGACGAGUUCAUGGAGAGAUCCAUCCAGAUGUUCCGUGCCAACCCCGAAUCUGUACGCGCACCGCUUGCUUCCUCCCUCUCUUCGUGUUGAUCCCCAUCUCUGUUGUUUCUUCUUCUUCUUUUGCUUCCGUGCUAACUUGCGUGCGGCUCUGUGUUCCUUUUUUCCACUAUUUGGUCUCGAUCUUUUAUCUGGACGACGGUGCAACAAUUUGCGGAAUCUGAUCAGUCGCGGUAUGUGAUGAAGUACAGGCACUGCGAUGGGAAGCUGGUUCUCAAGGUUACCGAUAAUCUGGAGGUAACUAUUUGCAUUUUCGUUUCUCUUGUUACGUUUGUUAGUCGUGCUGUCCUUUCUUUACUCUUUUUAGGGUUCCCUAGCUUUCUUGCUUCGUGGUGCGGUUCCCCUUUCCACUUUUUUUAAUAAUUAUUCUUAAUGCGAAAUAGUCUUAUGCUUCUUACCCAAUGAUUCUCUCUCUUUUUUUUUUGUUUUUUGAAGAUUUUUUUGAGGGAUUAUUUUGAGGAUCAGACUAGAGUCAAUGCUAGAAUUGCUGUGAUGUCGUCUUUAAGUAGAAACAAAGUUCCUUCCUCAUAGUAACUGUUGUCGUCAUCAUGUCUAUCUAUCUACCAUAUCCCACCUAACUGGGGUCGCAGAUAGGGAUAUUAUCCUAUCAUUCAACUCUGUCGUACGCCACAUUAAUGCCUAACUAAUUUAGUUUUACAGCUUUAUUCACCCUUCUCGUCGGUAUACCUUUUCUCCUUUUACUUCUCCUGGUCUUGCAUGGAUUUGUCUGAUAAUGCUCAAUGGCCUUAGUGAACAUUUCUUCCACUAUGAUGCCCUUGAUGAGUAAUCUUGAGCUUGAUGAGUUGACAAAUGAAGUUGUGUUACGUGAUACCAUGUAGGAAGAUCGUGCACGGAGAAACAUGCCCUUGACCUUUUUUUCUUUCUUGCCUGGUGUCGGAGUUGUGCCAUUGCAUUCUGUACCAUUUUUGCACCCUUGUUUCCAUUUUUCCAUCUAUUCUCUUUGAUUGUGCAGCGUUUAGAGGUCGGUACAUUUCACCACCAGCCAUGUAGUAAGAUCUUAAGAAGUACAUGUACAAUAUGGCUCAACGGAAGUAGAAGUGUCGAAGGAGUGAUGUGCCAUCACACUUGAGAUAGUUUGUUUUAUGGAUGAUGCUAUUCACUUUUCCACCCGUUCGCAUGGUUAUGAUUACAAUGGGGAUGGAAAUUACUUGUGCCUUGUUGGGCAGCUGAUUCUUCUUUUUAGAAGGCACAUAUAGGUUCGAGGAUGGAAAUGGGGUUGACUUGCGCAGUCAAUGUGGCCUGGCUGUUGUCAGUGAUGGUCAGAAUUGAGGUUGAUUGCAUACUGUCUGCAUAAUGGCAGCCUACUCUCGGCCGCAGGUCCUACGUAAUCACUGCCUCUCUUCCACUGACAUAGCGAGGCUGCAACCUGCUGACAAGGGUGGCAUCCUUCAUUGCCUGCUGUCAGCCGCACUGGUCCUGUCCUGCUCUCAGCCUCUUUAAUGUUGAUCCCACAUCACCCUCAAACAGACCGCCACAUUUUUCAACACUACAUACACUAUGGGGAAAGCAUCCGGGAACAUCACCAAUAUUGCCAUUGAUGCCGAAAUAGCCGCUACGAUAUUCACAGGCACAGGCGGGAUCACAUCCACCAGUAUCAGCAGGUGCUGCAAUGUCAGCGAUGUCCAAAGGGCUUGAACAUUUUCAGCCCUGCUGUGCUGUUGGCCCGGCAAUGACUGUGACGACCAUACUGUCUAUUGUGAGGGAUAUGACUGGUUUGUAUGCAUCUCAUCCUCAUACAUAGUAUUCCCCCGUCAAUGAUGAUCUGGGUCACAAAAUGGAAGAUACAUAGUUCUUGGGUUUCUAAUGGGAAUUUCUUUCUCGAAUAUUUGAUUUGGUGAGAUCACGAACAAUUCAGCACACACACAAAUGCACAAAGGCGGAAGCACCCAUAGAUCACUUUGGUAUUAUGUUUAUUGGCAUGAUUCUUGAGUGCAAUUUUUCCAUGGAUUCAGCAGUCUGAUUUGCUACUGACGAUGGUUCCUGCAGUGCCUCAAGUUCAAGACGGACCAGGCCCAGGAUGCCAAGAGGAUGGAGAAGCUCAACAACAUCUUCUUCACCCUAAUGGCGCGUGGCCCAGAGGGUAAACCCCGUCUCACACCCGACCCUCCUGGAUCGUCUCCUCUCUCCUCUGAUAUCUGUAUGUGCUUGCAGCCGAUAUAACGGAGGCGUCUACUAAGGAGCCGGCCGAGCAGCAGCCGUCCAAGAAAGGAAGGGGGAGGAGGCAGUGA